UGACAUACAAAAAUGUUGUUUUGUCCCAUCUAUGUUGUAAUAUAAAACUGUAUAAAGCAACUAAUAUGCACAUUUCAUAUUCCAAACAUGGUAGGAAACAAUCUAGCAGCAGGCUUUCUUAGUGAUACACAUGCAGCAAUACACAUAGUGAGUAACACCAGGGAUAGAGGGAGUGGAGCUGUGCAGUACACUGGUCUGCUCUGUUUAUGUGGCUCAGUAUGCAGAGAGGUGAUGUAGCUGCUACCACACUGACUCCCUUUUCCGUAUUCUCAAUCCAUCGACUCCACUGUCUUUUCUGUUCUGCUUCAAAUCCUGCCUUCUUAAUGACUUGCCAUUCUUAUUCAACUACUCACCCACCUUCAAAUCCCUUCCCCCUUUCUUUCACCACAGCUCAUCUGAGCCAUCCUAGAUUAAGCACCUCUGCAGGAUGUGAGGAGGAAAAGGUAUGGAGCCUCAGGGGAUGCACAUAUUAGCCAACCACUUUGAUGUUCACCAUCAAAACUGUGGACUUCACAGGCGUCAUACGACUGUACUGCAAUCACUGCCUAGAUCCAGCUCAGCUCUGUUCCCACUCAAGUUCACGACUCCUGGGUUCCGUUCUGCUCUCAAGUUCCAACUCCUGUUCUCAACUCCUGGAAUGGUCCUCUGAGAAUGUGUGUCUAAGGCAGCAUUUGAAGUUCCUCCGUUCGUCCCGAAGUCCUCCUCCUGUGUCAACAACUCCAAGUCCUCCUCUCAUGCCCGCUCCUCUGAAUUCCUCUCGAGUCAGUUCCUCGUUCUGGGAUUCUGUUCCCUCCGGACAUCUACUGGUGACUCCCGCUGCUCUGGACCCCUGGACAUCUCGGUGCUGCUCUGGACCACUGGACAUCCCGGUGCUGCUCGGACCCACUUCUGCCUCCGCUCUCUGGUCUCUCGGACACCUGUGUUCCCACCACCAAGCAAGCGCUGAGUCCACACCUCCUCCUCCCCGGUCUGGCUUUCAAACCUAGUGAGAAGGCUUUAGGAUGAGAGCAGGAUAUGUGGACAUGUCAGAGGAAGACAGCAGACAACAGGAGUCAUGGAGGUGGAAGGCACAGCAGAGCCAUCUUUUGUGGAUGUGGACCAGGGCCUGACCCUAGCUGGCGUCACCUUCCUCUGCCUUCUGCUGAUAGCCAUGAUCAUACGCUGUGCCAAGGUCAUAAUGGACCCUUACAGUGCUAUUCCAACCUCCACAUGGGAGGAGCAGCACUUGGAUGACUAAUACUUCUAAGCACACAGGCAGUUUGCAAACCAUGCGCAGCUUCUGGCUAUAACCCACUGGACGAAACCACCGAAGUCUUCACCAAGAGAACGCCCAUUGCUCUUUUUGUUUCACUAUCUCAAUCUGUUUCAUCUCAUAGAUUCAAAUUCUAACCAAGCAACAUGAGAAUCUGAAUCCAGAAAUGGAUCUAGUUCUAAUUAUUUUUAAAGUACUUGUUUGUUUUCUAAAUUUAAGCACAUGUCUUAACAUGUAAAUAAUCUACAUGGUGCAAUUUAGAUUAUCUUAUUAGUGAGUAAAAUAUUUAAAUUUCACAUCGGAAAGCCACUUUGUAUUUUAAAAAGCAUUCAAAGUAAGGAUCUGAAGGAUGAAAAGAUAAAAAUUCAGCAGUGUUUAUUAUUAUUUUCAACUGGUUUGUAUUCAUAGACAGAAAAUUUCAGUUUCUUUUCACAUAUUUAGCAAGGGUAAGUAAAGCUAGAAGUAACCAGUUUUUGUAUACAAACCAAAUGGAAAAAGACCAAAGCAAAAAUAAGAGUCAAAACCAAAAAGCAGUGUGAACAGAAGCCAGGAAGUAACUAAGAACUCAACAGAAAAGGGAUGAAUUAAUUUGGAAAGCAGCCAAUGGCAAGAAUAAAAAACCUGGAAUUAAGUGAAAGUCAUGAGACGUAAAUAACAAUAACAACCAGCAUACAAUAGCAAAAACAGCAUAGUUUUACAUCAGAUUCUUAUUUUAAAUCAGAAUCUUUAGGUGGGGUUAUUAGGAGAACAAAAAUUCAUGUUGACCUUAUUAACUUCUUUUUUUCAUCCACUAUUAGCUGUCUCUUUGGCCUAAGGUCUAAUCAUCAAAGGAAGCUUGCCACCAAGGAACACUUUAGGCCCCUUCCAAAGGUCAUACAGAUUGCUUAAAUUCUUGAACAAACUCACAGUGUGGACUAGCAUGCCAAGUCUCGGUUUUAAUGCCACUUGAUGAUAUUUGAACUUGGAACAUAUUUCACUGUGGUUGUUUUGCCUCACAAAGCUUUGCAUAGAAUUUCAUGAUGAGUAAUGACUAGUAUUUCUUCAUCACAAAGUGAUACCUGAUAACAGGAUGUACACAGACAGAGAGCAAUCUGCAACAAACUUUUAAGGUCUUUUUCACAGCAGGCCAUGAUUUAAAAAUAAGAUCAGAUCCUUAGGAUCACAUCGGCACAUCCCCAUCAAGUAGUGUUCCUAGUAUACAAAUAUUGGGCAAGUAUGUGAAGUGAUGUGGCAGAGUGCUCCUGUUUUUGCCUGAGUUUGAUGAAAGCCAGUUCACUUUAUGUGAAAUGUUCAAAAAGGCAAUUAGGGCAGAUACAGGCUUGGACAUAACGUGGUGGGAUUUGUGGUGAAAUAAAAGGGGAAUUUAUUAUUGGCUAGAACAUACUGCUCUUUUUAUUUUUGACUAAUCUGCAUACUAAACAAGGCAUAGUAGUACACUAUUUUCCAGAACAUGCAGAAAAUAUUUACAUACAUGUUACAUAUCCAUUCUUAAAUUAUUAUAACACAAUGAUUAUGUUAUCUGCCAGGAUUUCAGCAACCAAUAUGAUUUACAUUACCAUGAUAGAAUUAAACAUUAUCUUGUCUUCAGAUAGGUUGGAACAGAGCGCUUUUUUCUCAAAUGUUUAAUCACUGACGUUGUGGUGUCAUGGUAGACCAUCUUCGAUUUAUAGGUGGCAUUCAUUGCGAUUGAAUUCAAAUCAAUUCAAUUCACAACAUGUCACCUCAAGACAAACAAAUCCAUUUCAGAUUCACAAAUGUAUAAAUUAAUCCAGUACAAUACAAUUACAUAGAUUAAAACUCAAUUAUAUACAUUCCAAUGUGUGAUCAGUUAUAAAACAAUGCAGUUUAUAUCAGUUUACUAUCACUAUCAGUAUCACUGUAUUGUGUCCCCUUAGGGAAAUUCUCAUUACAGCAAUGUUUGACAAGAAAACAUAGACAAUACCCACACACAGAAACAAUCACAAAAUGAAUUAACAUGUACAAGUAUCAAUUAAAACAGGCUGAACAAAUAAUCAAGCCUGAUAACCUUUAAAAUGUAUCAGAAUGAUGGCCUGGCUAGUAAAACUUUUUUCCAUCUGUUUGUUCUUGAUUUUAGCAUGCCUGAAUCUCCUCCCUGAUGGUAGAAGCUCAAAUUCACUAUAAAGUGGGUGAUUUGAAGAAUGAAUUAUGUGUUCGGCUUUUUGUAGGACUCUUUUUAAAAAGAUUUCUUCUAAAUUGGGUAAUCUCACUCCUAUAACUUUGCCAGCAAUUAUUACAAUUUGCUUAAUCCAAUGUCUGCCGGUAAUACGUUGUCUAUGUAAGAAAGUCCAGCUAACUACAUCAUCUUAGAUUGUUUGCAGCGAUCUGUUCCUGAGCAAGCAUGAAAUGAACAUAACCAAGCACACCAUGUAACAGUAUGAAGUGUAGAUGUAUGUCAAACCUCAAUUUCUUCUCUGUCUUUAAAAUGAGAAGAAAACACAAUGAAGGUGUAACAGGCUCAGUUUGGAAGACAAUUAGGUAAAGCUUGUUUGUAAUGUAUGCCAUGUAAGCUCCUAAGAUUUUCAAGGCAAAGUGUUAGUCCAAUGUUAUGUUUAUUUCUGUUCAGUAUGUCAACUAUUAUGGAAGCCCUUGUGUAUGCCUUUUAUUGUAAAGCACAUAUGCAAAUUUUGUAUAUUUUAUAAAUAUUUCUUGACUGACUUGCACAUUAACGGUAUCCUGCCUGUCCGAUCCAGUCUGAUCUUGUGUACCCUUUAAAUUUGCAGAUGACCCCACUGCACCAGGCUUUAUUCAUAAAUUCUAAACAUUUUGUUUAUAAUUUUAUGACACAGAGAAGUUUAAAAAAUUACGACAUGUGGAAUUCUUUACAUUGAACAGCACAAUUUUUGCACCAAUAUGUCAUACUAAAAAAACUUCAUAAAACUCUUACUUGCUAGGCAAUAAGCUCCGUCUCCCUUUAAAACUGAUUCUGCUGUCAGAUUUAAUGCUGCUAAAACUGAUUAUUUGAAUAAUCAGUCCUGCAUUUAUAUUUGUACAACAGUGAGAUAUGUUGUUUUUUCCUGUUUGCUCUCUUUUGUUGCUUAUUUUAAAGUGUUCACUAUCCUGGUGCCGUCUUUCUGCUCUUACAGAAUAAACCUGUCAAAAUUCCUGCCAAUGGAAUGACAGUCAGUGCAACAUUACUGUCUUCUAAAGUUAACUACUUUGGAAACAGAGCAGCCACAAGGUCACUUUUCACUCAUGGCAAAGCUUUCAGCAGAUUUGUGAUUUUAUCAGAAUGCUUCACUAUUGUCAUCUCAAAGGCCUCAUAGUGUUCUGCUUUCCCUCUCUAGACAAAUUUUCCAGAAGCUGCAUUACUCCCACUCAUCCUUUCAGCUCUGGCAAAAGUUCGUCUAUAGGAUUGAAAUCCAUGCUUGACAAAAAAAAAAUGACUUUGUUGACCUAAACCCAUUUUUUAACCUAUUUGGGGUCAGCGUUCCAUUGCCUGUGCCCAAGCUUUAAUCUGUGCACUGAUGUCUAGAGAUGUUGCUUCAGAAUUACUACAUAAUGCUUCUUCCUCAUCAUCUUUUUUGUGUGCACAAAAUACCCAAAAUUUAUUCAGUGUAGUAGAACAGUAUAGCACGACAUAUAGUGGUAAAACAUGGUUUUACAUUUUGGUGAUUCUACAGCCAUUUAUGUAUUUUACAAUAAUGUCAAACCAAAUCAUACACAUGUCCUGAUGCAUCUCAGGUCCUGAUGUGUCCAGGUAGAAAAAGAAAAAAAGUUGAGUAGGUCUUCUGGAUGUGUUCUUCUUUGUUGAAAUAUUUCAUCUCUUCUCCAAGAGACUUCUCCAUACCAGAAGCAAUGUUUUUUUAUUAUGAGUGAAUUUUAAAAGAGCAGUAAGAUAUCUAAGGGAAAAUUGGUACUCUUGAAGACCGGUACUUUUGUUCUUAAACUAAAAGACACUCUUAAUAUUGCCCGGAUUUUCCUGCUAUAUGGUGUAUUACAGCUCGGGGAUGUGUGAGUUGUAACACCUGAACAAUUUGGUUGUAUAAUUUGCCUGUAACAACUGGUUUGUCAGAGUCAAACAUGGCUCUCAGAAUGUACAUCCUCCUGGUUACGUUUAACAUAAUUGUCUGCAUAUACAGUCUUUAUUAUGUAUGAAACAACUUGCAUUUGCAUGUUCUGAAGUGCCUUUCAUAUCUUAAUCUGCAGAGGCUCCAGUUUGUUGAAUGCCAAAUUUAAUCCAAAGUCUACUGUAAAUGUGUUGGAUGAUUAAACCGUGGAUCAGAGAACGGCAUGCCUUGCUUCUUGAUAUCAAUUAUUAUUUUUUUUCUAUUCAGCAUGAAGAGCAAUGUCAAUAUUGGAAAAAUAUAAAUAAAAGUUUACUAACUAUCCCUUCUUAAA